AUGUGGAAAGAAGACAGAAUGCGUUCGUUUGUCUUCGCAUGGUUAGCAGUUAGCGUACAUCAGCUUGUCCAGUCCCAGACCAUUCCAAAACUCACGAUUGCUCUCAUCUUACCCAGUCGGGCGGAGUUUCUUCAACUGAAAACCAACAUCACGUACGAGCAGCUCAAUGAAACGUAUAUCGAUGCCAUUUUGGACGCCGACUGGCUCUACGGACACACAUUAGCUGCAUACUAUCUAAACUACUUCUUCCUAGAUUCCACAAGUCAUCCAAGCGUCUUUAACAGCCAAUUCCUGAAUCUAUUCUCGGGCGAGUUGCCUCCACCGGUGGCUAUGAUUGGUCCGUUUCAUGUGGAUCGGUUGAGUUAUAUAGCUCCAUUGGCUGAAAUGAGUCAAGUGCCACUCGUUUCUCCGUGGAUACCUUUGUCUCAAAUGAAGAGGUACCUCCCACACUCAAACACAAUGGCAUUAUCGAUGCAGGCGGCGCAGAGUUCGCACGGAGACGAGCUGAUUAGCAUAAUGAAGUAUCACGGUUGGUCGCAUAUCGCUUUCGUCAUCACACAAUCUCCACUACAACAUCAUUCUCCAUAUCAACAGAAUAUCAGAAACGUUCGUUACGGGACUAAAGCUCUCGACGUGACUAUAGAGGCUACCGCUUGGAUUCCACCCGCUGAAGACUACGGGAACGACACGGAGGCAUUUGAGGAGGCCAUAACACAAGAAUUGGAGAAGAUCUGGAACAGCGGGGCAACCGUCAUUGUUCUCUCUAUUGAGCAAGUUCCUCUGACUUACGACGUACUGAUGCGAGCUGCCAACAAGUUUGAACUUAUCAAUAAUUCUACUGCUUGGAUAAGUCUGAACGUUGGAGUGGCACGUGAUUCUGAUUGGGCUAUUACUAGAGUUCGACCAGACGUUCGCAAUUUACUAGACGGAAUGAUUGUUACUGCCACUGAUCUACAAGAUUACUAUGAUACACCUCUAACAGUAUUACCGCAUAUCUUUUAUCCUGACAAAUUGAAAGAUGCCCUGGCUCAGUUGGUGUACGACAGUGUGUGGGCUACAGCAUUGUCUAUCUAUAACACUCUCUACGCAAUUUCAUCAGACAAAGUUAAAAUUGGCGAUCUCCAAUUCCAACGCUGGACAUCUGGAGAGGAAAUAGUCGCGAACAUAAAGCGGACAUCUUUUGUUGGAACGAGUGGUCUCGUGACGUUUAAUAAUAACGAACGACUGACGUGGUACAAUUUUUAUAAUAUUAGAGUUCAAUAUCCUUCAGGCCGGUUCGUAGGAUAUUAUGGUUUUGGCAAAAUGGUCAUAGACAAUCCAAUUCAUUGGCAUAAUAGCGAAGUUAGGAGCCCCACAGGAAAAGUCAACAUUUGCCGCCAUAGAGUCAACGUUCUUCUGGCAGGAGGUCGCUAUAAGCCAUACAUCGAAUUUUCAAACGACGACACCGACAGGAAGUAUUUUGGCUGGGCUGUGGAUCUAUUUGAAAAAGUAGCAACAGAAAGCUGUCUGAACAAUUUUAAAUAUUAUUCUAUUCAAAAUAUCACGUGGGAUGAGGCCAUUGAUUUAGUAGAAAGUGGACACUUUACGGGCAAUGGGAUCAUAAAAUACGACGAUGUAGAAUUUCAUGUCGUCGUUGGACCGUUGGCCAUCACGCCAGAAAGGAUCUCUAAGGUUGAAUUCACACGGUCUAUAAAAUCGGUGUCAUAUCGAGUAGCGAUUCUCAGACCUGAAACCAAUAUCACAAAUCUUUGGGAAUUCUUCAAGCCAUUUUCGUGGGAACUAUGGCUUUUGACAUUUGCCUUUUUUGUGGCGGGUGGUUCCUUUGUUUUUCUGCUUGAGAGGAACCGAAAGAGGUCACACGAGGAUGCUCCGAACAUUAUAGACUGUAUCUUUGUCUCUAUGUCUGUAUUCUUCUUCACUCAUGAUAAAGGGAGUGUCAUCACGAAUUCCGGUCGCGGUUACAUUGCCAUCGCCUGGUUUCUUACUCGCGUACUCUAUGCGUGCUUUACAGCUAGUCUCACUGUAUUUCUUUUGAGGCGACAAGAAAUAUCGACAUACGAGGCAAUUGAAGAUAUUCAAGUUGGCGUUAUUGGCGCAUCCAACGUAACCGGAGCAUUGUCCUAUUUACAACAUGAGUAUCCGAGAUUGACUUUUGAAGACGUAUCAUCCGAAGAUUGGUUGAGACGAUUGAUAUUAAAAGAGAUAACAGCCUAUGUUGACGACUCAUCCGUCCUGGAAUUUGAAGCAAAAACUGAAUGUAAAAUUAAGCUUCUUGACGACAAAAUACGUGUAAUCAACGCAGCGUUUGCUCUCAAGCACAAUUCACCCUACACGCAAAAGCUUAAUGGAGGCAUUAAGGAGGCGUGGUUCGACAAUUACCUCGAGGAACUAGAUCGGAAAUACUUCGAAUGGGCGGACUUGUGCGAAAACGACGGAAAAGUGGCAAAAGACGAUUCCCUAAAUCUGCAUCAUCUUGGAGGCCUCUUUAUCAUAUUGUCUGCUGUGACCAUUAUGUGCUUACUUGGAGAUCUCGUACAUCGCUAUCUUAUGAAAACUCGGUGGUUUAGUUGCAACCUUGAUGAAGAGGCAAAUGCAUUGCCAGAUGCAACUGAAGGUGAUAUUGCAACUCUCGCAGAAACACCACCAUUUGUAUUUGCAAACGAAAUUGAUCAAUGUGAGGGUCUCUCAGGUUUCAAUGCUAUGCCAGACAACGAGCAGCAACCUUCUCCACCGACAAUAAUAGACAGAGAAAUGACUCUAGUUGGACAGAUGGAUCUUUUAGAAAACACUUAAAAUUAAUCAAUUACUAAAGUUUUGCAUGCAAGUACUGUAUUAGUACUAGUUUCAGUAUUUCUUAGAAUAGUUGUAUGAUAAUGUUUUGAAACACUAAAUAGAUAGAUGCUUUCCAACACUGUAUUAGAAAGCAUACAUCUACAGCAUAGUGUUUCAUAAUAACUAUUAUUUCGUAUAAUGACAUCUACAUAGAGUGACGUUUUCUAGUUAGGCUUCUUUGCGCUGCGGUUUGCGUUCAAGUUCAAGUACAAAUUUGUAACAAAUACUUCUGUAAUCGGUUUUGAUCAAAUAAAGAUUAUUUUA